AUGGACAGCAUCCUAAUUAUCAACAUUGACAGCAACCAGAAUCCGUCAUGGCCCAGUAUACCAAAGGAGAUCAUGUGCGUUACUAUAAUGGCAGUGGAGUUGAAGUUUCUGGAAAAGUCGAUCGCAUUCUCGCCGAUGGCAGCUAUUCUAUUAUCCCUGAUGGCGUUUCUUCCACGGUGGUUGUUCAUGAGCACAGAAUUAUUGGCACUCAGCAACGCUGAGCAGGAACUGACUAUCAUGAAAGACGAAACCCAGCAGCCGCUCGCAAACUUUGAUCUACUGUGUGAAGGAUAA